UAUUAUAAUUUAUUUGAUUUUAGUAACUUUUAAUUUGUUUUGUUAUUGUUCGAAACGCGAAUAAUUAUGAACAAUACAGUUGUUGCUUGAGGGUUAUGUCUUCAACUACAAGUCCUAAAACGUUCCCUUAACGAUUGAAAGCCACUACACAGAUAUGGAGCCUUCCACUUCCAAUAGUUGUGCUUCCCCCUCUACCUUCAAUGACAACAUUAGACAUCACGUGAAGAAUAUUACUUCUUGUAUUGAGAAAAGACAAAAUGGAGUGGUUAACAAGGAAUACAUGAAAAAAACCAUUAUGAUUAAUACAAUUGUUGAUCUUACCGUGUCCAAGCAUGUAGAAUUCGACGAUGAACACGCAUCAGCCAUCCAAACUUUGGACGUUGACAGAAACGGACAGUAUUUGCUGUCGGGUGACCAGAAUGGCACUGUGAUGAUAUAUGACAUGUUUUACUCCAAUGGAAGCAAGGUUUUAUCCUACCCAGUGACUCAUUGUGGAACCAUUACCGGAGAGCUUCCUCCUAACUGCCCAGUAACAAGUAUUGAAUCUAUACAGUGGUAUCCAUUCGAUUCAGGGAUGUUUAUCACUGGUGGAGAAGACAGGUGUGUCCGUCUCUGGGAUACCAAUGUCAUGAAGACUCAUCACAUGUGGAGAUAUCUGAACUCCAUCUACCAAAUUCACAUGUCUCCUGCAAAUACGAGUUCUCCGUUGGUUGCAGUUGCGACCACGGCUUCAGAAGUCAAGAUAGUGGAUUUGGUGUCGGGUAAUCACAGCCAUGAACUGAGAGGGCACACAAGCUGUGUCUUGAGCUGCAAGUGGUCGCCAGCAAACCCCUACUUGCUGGCGACAGGCGGCUAUGACUCCACCAUUCGAAUCUGGGACGUUCGGUCAACCUGCUCGUGCCUGGCGAUCCUAAACAAAAAUCUUAACGAAGAUAAGUGCAAAAAACCGGAUUCUGUCGUAUCACACAAGGGCCUUGUUAAUGGCCUUCAGUUCACUCCUAACGGAAGGCUGUUAAUUUCCUUGGGAUCUGACGACCAAGUCUACUCAUGGGAUAUGGGUACAUUUAAAAGAACCCCAGUUACUUUUGAGCCGGCCAAUGUCAGGAAAGGUAGAUCUAUAGAUUUUGCCACUUGCGGUUCAAGCAAUCACAGUUUUUGUUUUGUUCCCGAGAAAUGUAAGAUUUCAGUUUACAGAAUAGACAACGGCCGCAAAAUAAAUAGUCUAUUUGGCCAUUAUGAUCGUGUCAACGCCUGUUAUUUCAACGAACACAGAAUGGAACUGUACAGUGCAGGGAGUGACAGAAACAUUCUCCAUUAUUCUAAAAAGCUGUCACCUGAGACCGAGGAGAUGCUGACAGAAGGGGAAGGAAACAGACCAGGCCCACAUUUGGAUUGGGAGUAAUCAUGACUGACUAGAGAUAAAAAUCAGUGAUGGUCAAAAUCACAAUUUUGAAUCCGUCUCCAAACCAAAAUUGCAAAACAUGUGACAACAUUUAGACCACAAGUAAUAUUUUACUGUCUAGGAACAGCAAAUUUUUAGUCCAAAAACUAAAAGUUAUGUUAAAUUCAACAUAAUAAUCUACCAAUGGCAGUUAUUCCUAACAUCAAUGAAACGAUUUCUCAAAUUUUAGUAAAUUGAUUGUUUUGUUGAUCCAAGAAGCUUUUUUUUCUUCUUUUAUACCAAGGAAAUAAUCUUGUAAAUUGUAAUUGUAACUUGUAAGUUGUAAUUUAUUGUUAAAAAAUGAACUGCAUUACAAUAAUCUAUUUCAGUUGAUCAAUUGGAUUAUUGGAAUUUGAUACGUUUUAAAUUCACUACUAUGAUUGCUCAAAGCAUUAAGACUACGUAUUUACAAGUAUUUUCUGAAGUUUUAGCGGAUUUGAAAUUUGGUUUUGUAACCUCAUAAGCUGUUAAACUGUGGUGUUUAUAACAAAGUACCUGCACUAAUUGCCAAAGGUCUUUCCUUGUAGGCUCUACAAAGAUCUCGUUUUUUACUAUAAAGACUAUUUUGUUAUGAAGUGAAUAGACACAAAUAACCAAUUGUUUUGAACUUAUAAUACUUAAAGAUAAGUGAUUGUUAUGUGAUAUUAAGUUUUUGUUGUGUUUAUUUUUAUUUUAUUAUUUAUUAGGCACAUUUUGAUUUUGUAUUUAUGUGUGUUUUAUAACCUGUAACUGGGUUAGCUUUAUUUUACAUUCAUCAACCCUAAGUUACUAUGGUGGUAAAAAGUUAGGUACAGUACACUAUUUGUAUCUGACAUCUGUCAGAACUAUUUCUCCACAUUUGUUUCGACCUAUGAAUAUUGUUCCACCAGAGGGUGUUAAUCCUGACCGUUUCAUUAGUCAUUUCAUGAUAAUUAAAAAUAUGUUCUUAAAAACCUUCUAACUCAUGCACUGUGAAACAUGUUUCUGUUUUUUUUUACAUAUUUUUUUAUGUUUUAGGUUAGAAAUGUUUUUGCAAAUGACCAAAUCUUGUUAGAUUCUUUUUUUCAUUAGUUUGAAUUAAUUUGUUUGUAGUCCUUUUUUAAAAUAAGUGUUUUAUAUACCCUCAUUUUCAAACGUCAUUUUGACAAUUUUGUCUUUGUUCUGCAAUAUUUUUUAAGGAAAAUGGGAUGACACAUUGCCCUUCCCUCCCAUAAAGUGGGCCCCAUUAUUUAAGCUAAACAAAUGUGUAAAAAUAUGUCAACAAAUAUGCCAUGUAAUGUAUGCCUUAAAAUGGUAAAUAGGUUAACUAUUUGACUAUUUACUACUAAUUUUUGCAGUAUUUUACAAAUAUAUUUUUCAUGUUUUUAACCUAUUUUCAUUUUAUUCCACCUAUUCUAGUUAAAGACACCAAUGCUCUUCCCUCCCAUAAAGUGGGCCCCAUUAUUUAAGCUAAACAAAUGUGUAAAAAUAUGUCAACAAAUAUGCCAUGUAAUGUAUGCCUUAGGUAAACUAUUUGACUAUUUAUUAUUAAUUUUUGCAGUAUUUUACAAAUAUAUUUUUCAUGUUUUUAA